AUGUCUCGAUUUCAUCAGCAAUCAACAAUUGAUCCACGUAAACCACGCUGUCGUCAAUGUGAUACGAUGACAUCCGUUUAUUGGCGUGUACCAGCUCGUGAUCUUCUACUAUGUAACAACUGUUUUUUAAAUGAUUCAAAAAGUUCGAAUCAAUUUUGUAAAUUAAAACGUAUCGAUACAAAUAUUGAAGAUUUAACAACAUUUGAAAAUCGUUUUCAUUUUUCAACACAAAUAAAUAAAGAUGAACAAUUAGUAUCAUCAUCAUCAUCAUCAUCAACUUCUUCAUCAAUUAUAACAAAAUCAAAACGAUCAAGAAUUAUUGAACCAAUUAAAUCUCAAAUACCAAUUAAAAUUUCUACAAGACAACAGCCAUCAUUUCGUUCAAAUAGAAAAACUCUUGCAUUUAAAUCAAAAAAACCUGAAAAAUGUUUAUCUCAGUCAACAACAUUCAAACUAUCAGAUGUUUUAUAUUCAAAAGGACGCCGUUUUGAAGUUGGUGAUAUUGUAUAUUUAAUUGAUGCGAAUCUCUCAUGUUUUUAUGCUCAAAUUCGUGCUUUAUUUCAAGAUGAACAUGUAAAUGCAUUUGCUUUUCUAACAUGGUUAUUACCAACAUCACUAAAAGCAUCAACAAAUAAUUUUCAUUUUGAUCCGAAUGCUUAUUCAAUAGGACCUAAUGAAGAAUAUCCACGUUCAUUAAAUUCCCUUUCAUUUGUUUGUCAUGCACCAUCUGAUUAUUAUCAAGUUAAAACAUAUCCACAAUCGAUGACAACAGAUAAUAAACGUUCAUUUAAUUAUAUUUGGACACAAGUUUAUGAUAAUAAUAGUAAUGAAAAUGAUUAUUCGUCAACACCAACAGCAAUUAAACGACGACGAUUUGUUUAA